AUGACUGAUAGGAAAAUCCGUCAGGCGGACGGCCUCCUCAUGGAGAUUCACGACCCCUCCAAGGGUCCCGUGCUCCCCGUGAAGGGCCAGCGCAACAUCCUCAUCACCUCCGCUCUCCCUUACGUCAACAACGUCCCCCAUCUCGGUAACAUCAUCGGCUCGACCCUCUCGGCCGACGUCUUUGCCCGCUACAACAGGUCUCGCAACCUCCGUACCCUUUACAUCUGUGGUACUGACGAGUAUGGUACUGCCACCGAGACCAAGGCGCUCGAGGACGGUGUCACCCCGAUGGAGCUCUGCACCAAGUUCCACGGCCUUCACACCGAGGUCUACAAGUGGUUCGACAUUGGCUUUGACGAGUGGGGACGCACCUCUACCCCCGAGCACACCGAGAUCGUCCAGGACAUUUACAAGCACAUCCACAAGAACGACUUUAUCGAGCUCCAGACUGCCGACCAGACGUACUGCGAGGACGACAAGCUCUUCCUUGCUGACCGUUUCGUUGAGGGCGUCUGCCCCAACUGUGGCUACGAUGAUGCCCGUGGCGACCAGUGCGACAAGUGCGCGCUCACCUUCUCGUCCCCCACCGAGCUCCUCCACCCCCGUUGCAAGCGCAACAAGAACCACAAGGUCUCUGUCCGCCCUUCGACGCACGCGUGCUUCAGGUUGAACAAGGUGCAGAAGGACCUUGAGGCCUGGAUGCAGGAGACCCGCAUCAAGGGCAAGUGGGCCGGUAACGUUGUCAUCAACGACAAGGGAGAGAUUGUCGAGCCCCGCAUGCUGGGAGAAGGUCUCCGCCCCAGCCCCGUCACCCGCGACCUCAAGUGGGGUGUCGAGGUCCCCAAGGUGGGCGACGCAGAGGAGGACAAGAAGCUCGAGGACAAGGUCAUCUAUGUCUGGUUCGACGCCUGCAUCGGCUAUGUUUCGAUCACCUCCACCUACACCGACAAGUGGCGUGAAUGGUGGUUCGCCCCCGACGAUGUCGAGCUCUACCAGUUCAUGGGCAAGGACAACGUCUACUUCCACACCGUCCUCUUCCCUGCCACGCUCAUCGCCGACGGCCGUGACUGGACAAAACUCCACCGCAUCUCGGGUACCCAGUACCUCAACUACGAGGACACCAAGUUCAGCAAGAGCCGAAACGUUGGUGUGUUCGGCAACCAGGCCCAGGAGAUCGGCCUCCCCGCGUCCGUCUGGCGUUACUACCUCAUUUCGCAGCGCCCUGAAGCUGGUGACACUGCCUUCCAGUGGUCCAACUUCAUCGCCGCCAUCAACAAUGAGCUUCUCGCCAACCUCGGCAACUUCAUCAACCGCGUGAUCAAGUUCACCAACCUCAAGUACGCCUCGGUCGUCCCCGGCCCUGCCGACCUCAAGGGCGGUGAGGUCAUCCCACCCGCCAACCCCACCACCGAGUGGGACAAGAUUGAUGCCGAGUUUGUCAAGGACGUCAACGCCCGUCUUGUCGAGUUCCGCGAGUCGAUGGACGCCACCAAGAUUCGCCAUGCCUUGAGCGUUGCCAUGGCUGUCUCGGCCCGCGGCAACCAGUACCUCCAGGACAGCGGUCUUGACAACGCUCUUCUUGCCAACCACCCUGAGCGCUGCGCCCAGGUCGUCCUCAACGCCAUCAACCUCAUCUACGUCCUCUCGGUUCUCUUCCACCCCUUUAUCCCCUCCACUGCUGAGGACAUUCUCAAGCAGCUCAACGCUCCCGCCCGCUCGCUGCCUGAGCGCUUCUCGAUCGACAUCCUGCCCGGCCACAAGGUUGGCCAGGCUGCUCACCUCUUCAAGCGCAUUGAGAACCCUGAGGAGCAGCUGGCCAUCUGGCAGAAGAAGUACGGUGGCGACGCCGUCGUCGAGGCCGGCAACGGUGACGCCAAGCCAGUGGCCGCCAAGGGCCCUGUCAACCACGACUCGAACUGGGCUGCCUCGUCCAAGAAGAAGAAGGCUGCUGCUGAGGCGGCUGCCGCUGCCGAGGCUGCCAAGUCUCCCGAGGAGCGCGCUCUCGAGGCCAAGGUUGACGCUCAGAACCAGGUUGUCAAGAGCAUUCGUACCGGCAAGGCUCAGGGCGACGUUGAGAAGGAGACUGCUCUUGCCAAGCAGUUCAAGGCUGAGCUGACCGAGCUCAAGAAGAAGCUGAAGGAGGCCAAGAUCUGA